UUUGCUACGUGGCGCAAGGUUAUGUGCAUUUAAAUUGUGUAUCGUUGUUUACACCGACAUAUAUUUUUCAUUGUAAAUACACUGACGUGUGUGUGUCUGUAUAUACGCUGGUGUAAAUGCAGUCUUAAUGACCCGCGUGUAGGUUAUAGAAUUUCAGCCCAAUAAACCAACCAAGUUUGAAGGACGAGUCCUUGUUGCCAGGUAGACUGAUAACAGCAGGUGAGGUGAUCCACGGAGUAACUUCAGGAACGAUCCCUGUGGAAGGCAGUGACACUACACCCCCACAGGCAGCCUCGAGGAGCAGCAUUUUGUAUACAGACCGCCUCCAGAUGACACCAACUCCUCCCCGUGAAGGUGACAAGUCCCUCCCUUUACUUCAGUCUCCUAUAUAUGUGUGAUCUUGAGCUUGCAGAAGACAAGUUAGGAGAUCCUUACUGAGAUACAAACAAGAUGAACGUAGCGUUGCUGUGCGUUGCGGCAUGUGCUGUGGUUGUGGGCGUGUGUGAUGCUCAGUACCCGCCUCCCACACCAUGCUACGCUCCCACCGUAACUGUCACCAGCACUGUGACGCAACUGAACACCAAGGUGGUGACAGCGUACUCCACCAUCAUCGACCAGCUGGUGCAGACGCAGACUCAGUACGUCACAGUGACGCAGAUGGAAACAAAAACGAAGUUCGUUACAGAGACGCUAAUGAAAACUUCGACUGUGACACAGCAGGUGGUAACGUCGACCUACAAGACUGUUUUAGAAACUAAAGUCUUGACACAGACGAAGACACAGGUUGACGAGCAGACAGUGAGGGUCACCACCACUCGAGUGCAGAAGAUGCAGGUGACGAAGUGUGGAGCAUCAGUCCUCUAUGGUUCACCCACCCAUUCCAACCUGCCAGCACCUUCCUACCCCACUUCUCCCCCAGCCACCUCUGUUCGAAGUUUCAAAUUGAGUGAAUUCCACCCAUUUACGGCCUUCGAAUCUUAGGACUAAGGCUGUUGAGCUCGACCCCACCCACUACGUCACAAUGGUAUUUGUUUAUACAAAAGCAACAAAAAACUAAAUUUAGAUUUGUUUAUCUACAAUGACAUGAAGCAUUAGCUCAGGGGAGGGUCAUACAGCACUUGGAAGUAAUUAGGUUUAAUCCAAGGAAGAUUAUUAUUAUUAUAAUCAAAAAGAAGCACUAAGCCAACCAAGGAAGAUUAGCUCUGCUUUCAGGGUAACCAAGAUUAAGUGACAAAUAGCUAAAGUUAUAUUAUUAUAUCACUUGUUUAGUCAGGUUAUUAAGUUGUUAUUGGUUAUGUUAUGGUUUUCUUGAUCAUGAAUUGUUAGUUAUGGAGUGUUAAACCCAUAGGGGUCAUACAGCACCUGGGGAUUAUACAUAUUGCUCAGGAGGAAAGUGCUAACCCCCAUAGGAGUUAUGCUAUGUUGGGAGGAGGUAAUCAGUUUUGAUCCCAAGAAGAUUUAAAACAUUCCUUGGAUCAAGAUCCUUUUAUCUAGUAUAUAAUUAUGGUAAUCAAGUGAGGUACCUUGAUGCCAGUUAAGGGCUCUAUAUAAGGAAGUGGGUUUAACCUCCCCUUACAUGGACUGAAUCAAUUUCCUCAAAUGCUCUGUAUGAUGCCUAUGAAUUUCUCUUUUUUUUUUUUCCCCCAAUUAUAUUAAAUUUUACUGCUUUUGAUUGUGUAUUUGCCCAUGUGACCCAUGCAAGUUACUCUAGUGUUACUCCUGUUAGCAUCAGCAACAAUGGUGACAUCCACCAAUCAUCAUCAGUAGUAUGGUACAUUAUAUUAUUAUUAUAAUCAUGGGGGAAGCGCUAAACCCGGAGGAUUAUACAGCAGUAGUAUGGUACAGUUUAGGUGUAAUGAACUUUUUGUUGUGGGGAAGCAAGCCCAUGAAGGUCAAAGUGGAAGAGUAAUUGGGUUUAAUAUGAAGAGGGAUCAUCCCCAAUUUGUUGGAUCAAGAGGACCUUAGUAUCAAGGCACCUUGAAGGGUGAACAUUAUUAUUAUAAUCAAAAAGAAGCGCUAAGCCACAAGGACUAUACAGCGCUGCAGGGCAGGAAGGAAGCGAGGGCAUCAGGUGGCAAAAGGGAGAUGGAUGAGUAAUAGGUUACGGAUAACAGCGGGGUAGUGGAUGGUGAAAGGGUAAAGGGCAGCAAGAGACUGAACUAGAAAGGGCUGAGGGGAGUGCGAAAAGUAUCAUCAGAGUUUGUGGAGUAAAUCAGUCGUUGUCAAGAAGUCAAUGAGAGAGUCAGGAUUAAAGGAGGGUCCAUCAGCAAGAAGGGAAGGUAAAGAGAGAGUAGUAGAACGAAGACGGCGUUGGAGGUAAAUUCUGCGUGCUCGUUGAUAGAGGGGGCAGUCUAACAGAAUGUGGCUAAUCGAUACUGGAACUUGGCACUGAUGACAAGAAGACGGCCAGUAACCUAUGCUCGGUUUAAUAGAAUGAAGUUUGUUACCGAGCAGAGUUGACCAACGUUGUUGCCAACGGGUGCGAAGGUGGGUAGCUAUUGCAGCAAAAUAGUCCGGAAAUGGAACACCUUGAUAGGAAAUCGGUAGGUCAUGUACUGCUGACCACGUAGCAGUGUCUGCCUGUUCAUUGCCCUGUACGUCGACAUGACCAGGGACCCAACAAAAAACAAUAUCUUUGUUUGGUAGAGAUACGGCGUAGCCAAAGUUGGAUACGGAGAACUAGGGGGUGAGAUGUAUCAAAUUUUCGUAUAGCUUGUAGAGCACUAAGGGAGUCUGAGACUACUACAAAUGAUGACACAGGCAUAGAUGCGAUACGAAUAAGUGCUGCAAGAAUGGCAUACAGUUCAGCAGUAAAAAUGAUAGCUGAAGAUAGUAAAUGCCCCCGCACGACGCUGUCCGGAAACACUGCUGCGAAUCCAACGCCGUCUGAAGACUUAGAGCCAUCUGUGUACACAGCGGUGGCAUGAGAAUGGGAGUGGAAGUGAUCAAGAAAAAGAGAGCGGGAAGCCACCGUAGGCAGUUGAGCUUUCGAGCAAGGGAGUGAGAAAGAACAGACCCGAACAGCUGGAACUUCCCAGGGGGGAUAGGAAAAGUGAGAUGCUACAUGAACAUAUAAAGGUGGUAACUGAAGGGAAGACAAGAGUGAAUGUAGGCGAAGAGAAAAGGGACGGAGCAAACAGGGGCGGCGAACGAAUAAAGAAUGUCUACUAAUAUCGGUGACCAUUCUAUAAAUGGAAGGAUUGUGUAGAUCGUGAGAGCGUACAUAGUAGCGAAGGCAAUGGGCAUCACAGCGAUCAGACAAGGAUGGAACAUUCGCUUCUGUAUAGAGGCUCUCAACAGGGGAAGAGCAAAAAGCACCAAAGCACAAACGUAAUCCUUGGUGAUGGAUAGAGUUAAGGCUAGAGAGAGUAGCAGGAGAGGCCGCGGAAUAAAUCUGGUCACCAUAAUAGUUUCGAUAAAACGAGGGCUGAAUGUAGGCGAAGCAGAGUUCGACGAUCAGCUCCCCAGGAAAGACGAGCAAGAGUUUUAAGAAGGUUUAGCCGGCUGUGACAAGUUGCCUUCAGAGAGGUAAUGUGAGGUUUCCAGGAUAACCGACAGUCAAAGAGAAGGCCUAGAAACCUGACUAUCACGUUCGGGGAUACGGGAGCCAUAGAGAUACAAAGGAUGAUCGGAGAUAAAGCGUCUAGUGAAAGUAAUUUGGUGAGUUUUAGUACUUGAAAAUUUAAACCCAUGCGUGGUGGCCCAAGUGGAAACACGGUCGACCGCAUGCUGGAGAGAAACUGCAAUAAGGUGACAGUCAGCGCCUGCACAAGCAAUAGCGAAGUCAUCAACAUAGAGUGAUGACCAAAUAUUGGGUGGAAGAACAGAGGCCAAAUCAUUUAUAGAAAGGAGAAAAAGUGUU